UCACAGCCUGCUUUCCCUUUGCGGCCUCCUCAGGAACCUUUGCUCUCAGGACAACAAAGAACCAUGGCCCAACAACAGCAGAUUAGCCUCCCAGCUAAACUGAUCAAUGGAGGGAUAGCAGGCAUGGUAGGAGUCACCUGUGUGUUUCCAAUUGACCUGGCCAAGACCCGCCUGCAGAACCAACGUAGCGGGCAGCAACUUUACAAGAACAUGAUGGAUUGCCUAAUAAAGACAGUUAAAUCCGAAGGCUACUUUGGCAUGUACAGAGGUGCUGCAGUAAAUCUCACCCUGGUAACCCCCGAGAAGGCCAUCAAACUUGCUGCUAACGACUUCUUCCGCCACUGGUUGAUCAAAGACGGUGGCAGGUUGACAGUGUUCAAGGAGAUGUUUGCAGGAUGUUGUGCAGGAAUGUGCCAGGUCAUUGUCACAACACCAAUGGAGAUGCUCAAGAUCCAGCUGCAGGAUGCUGGCAGGCUAGUGGCCCAACAGAGGGUGAUGCCUGUGGUAUCAACUCUGAAGAUUGGGGGGACCAGUGCUGUUCUUAGCCGUUCUUACAAUGCUAGCCCUGCGCGAGUGUCUGCCACACAGAUCACCAGAGAGCUGCUGAGGACCAGAGGAGUCACAGGACUGUACAGGGGACUCGGAGCCACCUUAAUGAGGGACAUCCCGUUCUCUGUCGUGUACUUCCCUGUCUUUGCACAUCUGCACCAGCUCGGUCAGCAUUCGUUUGAAGACCCAUCUGUGCCCCUCUAUUGGUCCUUCAUGUCCGGCUGCUUGGCUGGAUCCAUUGCUGCUGUGGCUGUCAGCCCUUGUGACGUGGUGAAAACAAGACUGCAAUCACUCAAAAAAGGAACUAAUGAGGAAACCUACAAUGGAGUAGUGGACUGUGUCAGGAAGAUCAUGAGAAAAGAGGGUCCCGGAGCGUUCCUCAAGGGGGCUGGUUGCCGGGCCCUGGUUAUUGCCCCACUCUUUGGCAUUGCUCAGGUUGUGUACUUUGUAGGAGUUGGAGAGUUUCUGCUUGGGUACACCCCAUACGGCAUCUACUCUGCAUAAGCAAAAGCUGUUUCCAUAUCUCUCUGCCACCUCAUUAAAUAGCAGGCAACUAUGCCCUGGAUGUAGCCAUCUCUUUUACUGUGUACCUUCUUUAUUGUUAGAGGUGUUUAAGGUAAAACACCUGAUGGAAUCAGAGAGAUGCCAUUUUUUAUUUCAAAAUGGUUUGAAAUUUUACUAACUCUUAUUUGAGAGACUGAGAUUGAAACUUACUUAUCUGUAUUUGCUUCAGUGGAGCCUGUAGUGAGGAAAGAAUUGUUUCCCUCACUGAGGGACUUGAUAAUCAACACUGAUUAUCCAUUUAUCAGACUUGACUCCUGUGGCACCAAACCCUUCACCCUGUUUCCUUAGAUUGAACCCCUACCCCUAAAUCAACCCCAUAUCACUUACCCUUCAUAGAAACCCUAACCUGCCUUCCUCUCCAACUGCCCCAUCUUGGCAGCCACUACGCGAUGGCUGUUACAUGGUGUUGCAAGAGCAGCACCAAGUAGUGACAGCAGAAUAUUGAAAGUUUACUUGAAAAGCUUUAAUCCUGUUUUAAAGGGUUGUUGUGUGAAACUGGGCCACGGAUGUUGAUCCCAGUAUAUAGUAUAUUUGUUUUUGAAGUACAUUUAUUUAUUAAUUUGGUAAAUAAGUUAUUUCACAAAACAAUUUCCACAUAUUGUCAUAUUAUCAAUCUAGUAGGGAAAAGACAUGGUAGUUUAUGAGCACAAGAUCUGGACUGCUCGUCCUCUGCUGCGUCAUACAGGGGCACCAGGGUUUCUGUUACAAGAAAUGGUUUCCCAUAUUUUUCAAAGCAGUUGUGGUUAAGGUGUUUUGGGUUUUUACUGGGCUCUGCAAAUCUUUCUGUAGCAACCUACAUUGCUGUGAUUAUGUAACUUUCAAGCUUAAAUUCUGCACUUGACUGUGAAUAACUGCUUUUUAUGACAAAGAUGUUGCUUGAUGGUGGUUUAUUAGAGUGAUAAGAUUUUAUUGGUGGCAUGUACUGUGCUUUUGGGACCAAGUCUUCAGAGAAAGUGCUACAUUGCGCUGGGCAGAUUUUCUUGACGGACAGAGAUACAGGAGCCCACACAAAUGUACAGUAUAACAUUAGGCAUUUAGAAGCUGAACAGUGCACAAUGUUGGACUGCACUCUCUCUUCUGGAAAAUUUAGUGGGGUUUACCUCUGUAAAUAUCUAUCCUGUAGUUUUCCAUUUUUCUCAAACUGUGCAAGUCAAACUCUAACUUGUAGCCUUUCAACGUGUAAGAAAUGUUUCAACCA